CAGGUGACCCAUUUUCGGUAAUAAGAACACUGAUAAUCAUGAUUUUCGAGACAAAAACACAAAUUGGGAUAGUCAGGUUCCUGCAUAAAAAUGCUGUUAGUAUUAAAAUCUUCAGUCAGAUUUUUCACAAAUUUUGCGUGGGCACACUGGAAAUGUCAAUGAAUUCAAAUAUAGCUGAAUUUUACCUCAAAUGCAAAUUAUCAUCAGAUCUUAACAAGGUUAAAAGUGUACACUGGACAACUUCAAAAUUUCACGUGCAUCCUCGCAAAUGUUUCUGAUAAUAGUGCACUCUAAAGCAAAUGUCCAGUUGUGUAGACUGGUGAAAUGUCCUAGUCUAGAACGUUCUCCCUCACUGUCCUGCGUGUGCUGUAUCCAAUUCUGAGUGCCUGAGAAGAGUUUCUGUAAAACACGGGACGUCUCUUGACUCACACCUCAAAUCAUGCCUCCAGGCACAAAAUAGACAAAUGUACAUGUGCUUUCAAACUCAUUAAAGAUAUUAGGAUACUCUCCUCUGAUCUGUCGGCGCACUCAUGGUGAACGUUAGGACUUCAAUAAAUUGCUGAUGCAUAUAGGCAUGCAUCACAGCUUUCUGUGAUUACUCCGCCCUCUCAUUACCUACUAACUCCGUAACACAAAGCUCAUGAAUUGGCCUUAAAAGUGUGAUUGGCUUGGUGUUGACCUUUGCCAUCUGCACCAGUCAGUCUGCUCCUGGAUAAAUCUUCUGUCCUGAGGUGCCAUUCCCUUAAAUUGUUGACAGACAAAUAAAUUGUGGUUUCCUUUACACAGUGAACAUUCCUUGCUCAUUUUCUCUUGUUGUGUAGAGGUUGCUGCAAACAAGGGCUCUUCUGUCUCAUCUUGUCUGCUUGAGUUGUGUCUCGAUUUUUCUUCCAGGUUGCUGUUCCGUAAAUCGGGUUAUUCUCUUCCUCCGCAGCGUCCUCCACAUAGGCCACCUGGUCUUCAAUGCUGGGCGGCCUAUUAACCUUUUUUCUAUCUCUCUGACUUUGCACAGCCAUCUGUAACGCAAAAAAAGUACUGUCAUCGGCAAAUGCUCUCAAGGACUUUCCAUCAUCGGGUGACACAGGAGUACCCUUUGUGACCUUUCAUCCAUGCAUCGGCAGUUUUGUAUUUACUUCUAAAUCUCUCACGGAGUAGGGUCUUAGCUUGAGCAUACCCCUGCACUGGCUCCAUCAGUGAUCAAGCCUGUGUAUUGCCUUGCUUGCAUCGCCCUUGCAAUAAUGCAGAAGCCUAGUCAGCUUAACUGCAUCGUUGAUCUUCCUCCUGUCGACAUUGACUUCAAACGCUCACUAAAACUCCCAGAAUCUCAGGGGGUCACCUUGAUACACCAUGAUUUCCACUUUUGGCAACUGCAGUGUUUCUACAGGCUCUGCUGAUGCUGUAGUCAUAGGAUACUUGUAUCUUUGUUUUGUAGCUGGUUCCUCUCCUUUUGGAGGACCCUUAAGGUAGGACAAAUCCUGUCUGUGGGAGUGUUCCCGAUGAUCAUCAACGGGGCAGUUAAGGGUGUUACAGGAUAAGUCGUCUUCGUAUUGGGCGUACACCCUUUGCUCAGCAUCAGCACUUUUAAUCUUAGCCUUCAGCUGCAGCUCGGCUUUUCUUUACCGCAGCUUUAACCCCUACAGCUCAAUUUCUUGCUGUUCUCUCAGUAAUUUAGCUUCAGCUUGCAGUACAGCCUUCCUCCCUCUUCUGCCCUCACUGUGAUAAGCAUACACAGAUAUGCAGAGGCCUAAACACCUUUCCAAGUGGGCCCCUUGACUGGAGCCAUUUAAUGGGCAACGAUGUAAAACUGUGAACAAAAAGAUAUAGAAUGUUUUGAGUCACAAGGAAUAAAAUCACUGUGUAACAUAACAAUACAAAGCAAGAUGUAGGAAAUGCAGAAAGUCUAAGGACUAGGACAAGUCUAUUCUAGCUGAAGUACAUGCAUGUUCAUGUAGGUCAAAGCAAAAGGACACGUAACUACAGGUACAUGUACAUGUAGAAAGAAUGUACGAAUUAAAGGGUAAAAUACAACGUGCGAGGAAUAUCACUAUGAGACCCCAUAGAAUACAAAACAGAUUCAUGUAGAUAAAAAUCUACCAUGCACGGUUAUCAAAAUGCAUAAGAAAACAGGACAUACAUGUACUAAAAAUCUCCACUUAAAUAUACUAGUAAAAUGCGUACAUGUCCAACUACAUGAACAAGGCAGUGAUCCAUAACAUACUACUGGCAUGUUCUUCAUAAAAUGGACCAAAAUGCAACUCUGGAUGUCAUUUUUCGAAACCCCUAAGAGUGACUUUGAUCAUGUAAAAUACAAAUUAGCACCUUCAGAUUUGUAAAAAUGAUUAUUUGGGGAUAAUUUGGCAUAAUGUGUACAAAUCAAAUGGAGUUGAAAGACGGACACGGUCGUCAUUGUUUCAGAUAUCAGCUGUGACUUUCCUCAUUACAUCAGACAUUGGGAUUUAAUUUACUUCUGUUCACCCAAAGUUGAAAAUUAUCUAAUGGUCCAUAUUUUGAGGAACCUGCCUUCUUAUAAUGAAGAUCAACCCAUGAGAGUCGAUGAAGGCAAGAUAAUUACGAACUGACAGCUCCCAAAAACAGAGCCUAUAGUAAAAACAAUACAGGCACUGGCAAGAACUUGUGUGCCAUUAUACUUCUAUACAAAAUACUAUGCAUGUGAGUUGCGGAGAUGAGCGUGACAUCAAGAGGGCUAUACCAGAAAUAAAUCAUAAAUCGGACUGCCAUUAAGCCAUUGAGAGAUUAUAACAUAAAGGAAAAUGGAGAAGGUAGACUUACGGAUUGUGCUCCAACAAGGGCUUGUAAAUAGAGGUAGAAGGUUGUAAAACGUACAACCGAGGUAACAUGGAUGACAUGGAGCAGGAAAUUUUAAAAAAUGAUGGUAAAGGGCACUAAACUAAAUUACCGUGGAAGAGCAAUCAGGAGCUGGAGCAGAACUCUCGCCAAUGCUUCGAUCUUACGUCUUCUACUGGCAGUGGUACUCGUCAUCUUACCAUUUUUUCCUUCCGAAUCCAGCCUCUGAUUUAAUGCUUGCUUAGAUUUUGUAUCCCUUUCCCAUUAGAAUUUAAGGAUUCCUAACCCCCUUAAAUUAAGUUUAAAAUAUAAUAAAUAGUGUUAAUCCUUUUAUUUAAAUGAAAUGGGGAUCCUUUUAAAAUGUUUACUGUUUGCUAAAUGGUUACAGAAAAUUCCGGUCAAGUCGGCAUCAUGCAACUCGUAAGUCGGCCUUUUGAUAAAAGUACCGAUCGUGUGUUGAUGCAUUUCCAUGGAUAAUUUUAAGUGGGCCUUUAUAAGCCGUUGUUUCGUUCAAAUCGGCAUGUUCUCUCGGUUCCUUUUCCACAAAACCACAAAAAUAAUCCUCGGUAUAGGGUGGGCUGUUAAACAAUCGAUUUCCUGAGCUUCGUUGUCGAUACGUGGAGUAGGCCUACAUGUACUGUACAUUUACAUUGCGCGAGCUCGACCGCAAAGGGGUUUGCCCAAUAUUCGCAUCAAUACCAGUACCUCCCCCCUCUAGAGCACGCGCAUGCGCUCUGUCCCUUUUUGGGGUCCCCUAUUGAACGAAGUUUUACUUGCGGCCGGCCCCCAAGAUCCCGCGUUCACCCGCGCCGUGCCGGUGCAUGAUAUGUGUGCUGUGCGUCCUAGCAUUAUGUCAGUACAAACGGCAUGUACGGGUCGUCCUCAGUACGGGCGGAGCGAUGAUCACAAUCGAGGACAAACUUACCUGAAUUGACAACCAGGGCAGAUCAAAGCAAUUAAACUGGUGCAAUGAAUUAUAUGGAUGGUAUUAAGGCAGCACGCCACGUAAGUCGGCAAGCAGCACAUGUCAGCAUUUUGAAGUCAUUAUUUUUUCCAGUCAAGACGGAGUGCCGACUUUGCCGGAGUUUACAAGUUUAUAAAUACUUGAUCCCUACUUUUUCUGGAAAACAGGUUUUCAAGCUUCUGGCGCUUUAAUUGAGCCCUCCCGUAAGAAAGCAUCAUUUUAGCGUUUCAUUUAGCGGUUACUCCCAUUAACCCGAGUGUGGAUGCACGCGCAAUACACUCUGGUCAGGAGUAUACUCCUCUGUGAUGGGGAAUAUAUUCUCGCUGACCCGAAGACGGUACUCCUGCCGUUCGUGCGCUCGGAGUAGUACUCGGGUUAGCACGAGUAGCUCGCUUGAACGCAGCCCAAAAGGUUGAACUCGCCCCAAUUCGGAAUUGCCUGCAUGCAUUGGCUUUAAUGGUACACUGUCAUUACACAUACAGCCGGCUGCAAAGGGAAGGUCACGUGAGUUUUUUUGAAGGGCAUUACGGCUAACUUCGAAGGGCACGCGGCUAUUGGCCACGCGGUGGCCGCGGUAAAGAUCGGGGCCUGCAUUGCUGUAAUUUGCCCUUGUAUCAUACCACUUUAAUGACGAGUUGUAACUGAAAAUAAGUCUAACAGUGCCGUUAUGUGUGCGUGUAUGUGUGCAUGGUAACUUGUUCAAUCUGCAAUCAACAGUACGGUAUAUCACAUACAAUAGCAUCUAUCCAUUGUGUUAAAAUAUGCAUCAACCUGUGAAUUGGCUUAAAGAAUCCUCAUUAAAAAUUAUAUAUCCUGCUGGGUGGUUUGAAAUGCGAAACAAAGCCUUGAGUCAAAAUGAGUGCUCUCUCCCGAGUCAGAAAAUGUGUUUAAAGCCUGCCCUAAACUACUCUUCAGCACAACCACAUCGCACAAAAUGUCAAAGCUGUCUUCCAAAUUCAUAUCUUUAGGUUCAUACUUCAACAUUAAAUAUCCAAACUCAACACAAAAUCCUCAGUACACUAAUACGUGCACAUGUGCCGGGAACUGACUGCAUGGUCCGACCAUGGCGGUAGGAAAUGACUACUCAGUGGUCCGACAGGCCAAAUUUUUAUACUCGUAGCGCGCAGUUUAUCGUGCCCCAAAAUGAAUACUGUUAUCUAUCUCUUUACACACCUUAAUCUGUACAACACAUGAGCUGAUGUUGCAAGUAACCCAAAACAUGUACUCACUACAUUGGCGUGUCAAAAGUCGGUGGAAUUCUUCGACGAACUUCGCGAAAUGUAUCGAUAAUUAAAACGUCCAAGCAAAACAUAAUGGUAAAACGCCCUCUAAGGUUCAUAAGAAAUCUUCGCUUCUGACGUCAGAUUCAUUAGAAUAAGUGAUUGACAUCUGCUAUAUGUUCAUAUCUCCAAUAUGUUUAUGCAUAGCGACCUGGAGAUCACAUGUCUACGCUCAUGUUAACAUUACACAGUACUAUUAAAAACCACUAAGAUAAAUUUAUGUAAAAUUAUAAUUGACCAGAAGAACAAAAAAUAAUCUUCAGCUUGAGUGACUGCGGACCUUUUAGAAAGUUCCCAUGUUUUUCGGGGGGGAUCUUUUUUCGAGGAAAAAAAUACAUAUUUCCUCCCUUAAACCCAGUAACUCGACACGCACGCCUCAUGGCUAUGCUUCAAACUUUCCAAGUAUUGCCAAACACAUAAUUUUCUUCCGCACCAUUAAUUCGAUCAAGUUUCAUGGAAUAUUGGUUUCAAUACCACCAACAGUGAUUUGUGGCAGUCUUGGCAUACCUCCUAACUGCACGAAGGAAGUAUCCCGCAGCAGUGUUGGAGGAGUGGCCAGCUUCAUUUGUAACGAUGGAUACACCUUGCAAGGAAAAAGUGAACUUAUGUGUGAGGAGAACGGCACAUGGAGCGGGGAAGUGCCGACCUGUGUUCUAGUGACCUGCGACUCCGUUACCGAACCAGCGAACGGCAGAAUGGUCGUGUCUGGUAACAAUGUUGGCGGAGUUGCUAGCUUCACGUGUGAAAAAGGCUACGACUUGGAAGGAGAAAGAGAGCUACAGUGUCUUGAGAACGGCACGUGGAGCGCGGAGAUACCCCUCUGUGUUCCAGUGACCUGCGACUCAAUUAUGGAACCGACUAACGGCAAGAAGAAUGUGUCCCAUAGCCAUGUUGGCGGAGUAGCUAGUUUCACUUGUAAUGAAGGAUACACCCUGCAUGGACAAGACAAACUCGUGUGCCACGAGAAUGGGACGUGGACCGGGGAAGUCCCAAAUUGUCUCGCUGAUCAUGACAUCUCCAAUGAACCGACCACUCCUGCAAACACAUCAGUGACCUGUGACUCGGUUACGGAACCGACUAACGGCAAGAAGAAUGUGUCCCAUAACCAUGUUGGCGGAGUAGCUAGUUUCACUUGUAAUGAAGGAUACACCCUGCAUGGACAAGGCAAACUCGUGUGCCGCGAGAAUGGGACGUGGACCGGGAAAGUCCCAAAUUGUCUCGCCGAUCAUGAACCGACCACUCCUGCAGACACAUCAGGUUUGUCAGGAUGGCAACUGAUUCUUGUGAUCUGUUUGUGCUGUGUAGUGUCAAUUGUACUCAUUGUAGCGAUUGCUAAAGUCGUUUUGACCAAGAGAGCGUCAAGGACUUACAGUCUGAAAUCCGAUGCAGAUCUGAUCAUCACAUCAGUAAGAGAGCAACCACAUGGUGUUGAUCAAACAACAAGCAUGUAAGCGGACGGAAUCGCAUUUCCAUCGAUCAGCUCUCACUGUUGAAAGGAUAAAUGCCGUUAACUACCAUAUAACACGUUGUCUUGUAUUAGUGUUUGUUUAUGCAAGGUUAAGAAUGUUUUGUGCAUUUUUGCCUUUUUAGAAAUUUUUGCCUGAUAAAUGUCACCUGUGUCACUUUGGUGGAAUGCACGCUUAAGAAAUCUUUUGCAACUAUAUGUACCUCUGAACUCUUUGAGCACAGAAAACCCCCACUAGAAGUGAGGAGCAGACCUCCACAAACUCAUGAUGCAGACAGUUUUACACUUUUUAAACAACAGCAUUUAGCGCUAUAUUAACUGUUCUGACAUCUAUCGCGAUUAUCAGCGCUCAUAAAGCUGAGUCUGUUAUUCUGGGAGUGAAAAAAUUCUCCAUAAAGAUAAGCUUAAUUCACUUCAUGUGGCACUUGUCGAGUUCUUCCAAAGAUAAACUUUACACUAUAAUGUACAUGAUAGUACAUGCUAUGGUUGUGUUUUCUGUUUUCCCGCGAAAGCAUCUGAUGGGAAGUUUUUAUACAUGUACGUCCGUGAGAAAAUAUUGGUUGGCAGUACCAGCUACAUUUAUAUUUUUCAUCGAAAUGGAACGCAAUUCAUGAUGAAUAAUCCACUCAAAAAGGUUCUUUACUUUUAAGUUAUCUCUUUAUAAAUGCCUUUUUGUAAGAGAGAUCGGAGGGUUUACGUUGGUUUAUGCGGCCUCAAUAUCUGAAUGAUAAAUGAUUUAUUGUAAAUAAGGGAACUUUUUCGUGUUAGUUUGGCGCUCAAUAUAGUUCAACAUGGGCCUCCAACAUAAUAAUCGGAUUAUGAGAGCCUUGCAAAGGUUGCGGUGUUAGCUUUAUUUGUAAAGGAUUGUAUAAUCUCUUAGGAAUGAAGUUUUUGUGUUGAUGUGUUUUUUCUUUAUGUGGAGCCCUAUAUCGUGUCUUAAAAUUAUUUACAUAAAGGCAGAAGUUACAAGAUUUAUGGGCACCACACUGUGUGACUGGUUUCUACGAAUUUGGAACAGCAUCGGAGGAAUAACUUCCACGGGACAUUGGAGAUUUUCUUUUUUUUUAAAUAGUGAAUUGUUUAGUUUACAUGUUGAUUUUGUAGUUCAAUCAAUAAAACGUUAUUUUGAAAUUAUUUUAGCGAACAACAACGGCAGACUUGAAACUGUCGUGUAAAAGGAAAAAAACAACAGCAUAAACACUGUAAGUUUUGUGAGCUGAACGAACUACAUGCAGUUAUAUAAACUGCAUUUUGUGUGUUAACCCCCCCCCCAAAAAAAAGCUGUUAACUUUUGUAGCCGUCGGGAAGGGGACACAAUAAAUUUGUUGAAACUUAAUGUAAUGAAAAAAUACAGUCAGUGGAUCUUUAACUUUUGGCUUAAUCAACCAGACAUGUUUUGUUUAACAUCGUCUUUGUGUUGCUGGUGUAGGCCAACAAUUUUCUGACAGCAGAAAGAACAGAUUAAAAUGCCUAAAGACGAAGGCGGAUGCCAUUCCAGCUUUUGGUAGUUACAUUUUCUCCAUUGCUGUCGGUUUUUGAAACCAUCAUUGACGGACUGUCCGUAUUUAUCAUUAUCUGUUAAUAUUUCUCGUGGCUGUAAUAUUAUUUUUUUUGCUCAGAGUGUUUCACACAUAUUUUAAGCUUGAUAAAAUAUUUAGACAUUACUCUCUUUGCAAUGUGCAAGUAUUAUCUAUUUUCAACAAAUACACUGAUCUAUUGAAGAGUUAUUUUCCGACCAAUUUAAGAAAUAAAUCCUUUAAUUUCACACAAGACCGAUUUAAAUUCAUUUUGAAAUAAAAAAUCCUUCAAAUCAGAAUUCGAUGAUGGAAGAACGUCAUUAGAUUUUGUUAUUUUCACAUUUGUGCGGUAAAGAUGUUCGUCAAAAGCCUCAGAAAGAGCUUGAUCAUGCGCGGUUCUGGAACCAUUUGUUUUGGGGGGGGGCUAGACCCUUUUCACCAUCACACGUAACCAUUUAAUAAAUCUCGCUAUACUGCAAGUCAUUUCCAGCCCUUCUUGUGGUUUUGUUUUUUUUGGGGGGGGGGGGGCUAGGCAAAAUGCUCACAAGCUCGAUUCGUUCAAAAUGCUCAUAUUUCUCACGUUUGUAAAUUAAUUUUUUUCCUGCGGUAUGAUAUGCUCUUUUGUACUCAUAUUUGCCUAUGCAAAAGCUGAUCUCUUGAUACAGAUCCCUGUUGAAGGGUAGGUGCAUUCAAUUUGUUUCAAUACAAAACCUUCAAAAUUCACCUGUGUGUAUUAGUUAACUAUUUUCUCAACUUUUGUUUCAUUAUAUCAGAGAGUAUUUUACUGCCUUUUUAGGUUUUUAUACUACUGAGAGUUUCAUGUUGAUGAGAAAAACCGUGAUGUCAUCCCAGGAAGAAAGCCUGAAUGUUACAUUGAUUUUCACACAUUAAAGUAUUGCAUUUUUUGUAAA